UAUCUCUAAAGGCUGAGGCCGCGGUUGCUGCCAGUCUUUGUCAGUCCAGUGUCCAGUGCAGCGAGACGCCACCGGCAGGAAGACUACUGCAGCCAUGGAUGAUGUUUAUAAAGCCGCGGUGGAGAACCUGACUGAGGAGCAGAAAAAUGAGUUCAAGGCUGCGUUCGACAUCUUCAUCCAGGAUGCGGAGGACGGCUGCAUCAGCACCAAGGAGCUGGGGAAGGUGAUGAGGAUGCUGGGUCAGAACCCCACGCCUGAGGAGCUGCAGGAGAUGAUCGACGAAGUGGAUGAAGAUGGCAGCGGCACGGUGGACUUCGAUGAGUUCCUGGUGAUGAUGGUGCGCUGCAUGAAGGAGGAGAGCAAAGGGAAGUCAGAGGAGGAACUGGCGGAACUAUUCCGAAUGUUUGACAAGAAUGGGGACGGCUACAUUGAUCUUGAGGAGCUGAAGGCCAUGCUGGAGUCCACCGGCGAGUCCAUCACUGAGGACGACAUCGAGGAGCUGAUGAAGGACGGAGACAAGAACAACGACGGGAAGAUCGACUAUGACGAGUUCUUGGAGUUCAUGAAAGGUGUUGAGUAAAAGUGUCCCGACGCUGUGCUGCGAGGUUCAACCCCGUCCGGAUGAGUAUUUGUGAAUAAAAGUGCACAAUAAAGAUUAUUUUCAAU